GAGCCAUGGGUGGCUCGCCAGGCCGCAGCAGAGGAGGACCCUGGGACAGCACUCCCAGAGGAAGGGGGCGGUAGUGAUAGUAGUAGUGUCCCGGAGGUAGACACACGAGAGGUGGUGACCUCUAACCCCUCGACCCUAACAGAGGGCUAUAAUGACGACGUCAUCACCAGGGCUCCUAUAGUGAUCGAGGGGGAUGACGUCAUAGUGAUAACUGUCAACAGGACGGACAUUAAACACUGUAUCUACGUAGAGGACCCUGAACCUGAGCCACCUACUAAACCUUCUCCCACCUCCCCUCCUCCUAACACCACCACCCCCCCGGGUAUCCCUGGAGAUGUCCCCCACAGGAAGGGAGAGUACCCAGAGGACCUGUUCACGGUGGACCAGAGGAGGCAGGGCUGGGUGACCCUCCACAUCCUGGGCAUGGUCUACAUGUUCGUCUCCCUCGCCAUCGUCUGUGACGAGUUCUUCGUCCCGGCGCUCGGAGUCAUCACCGUGAAGCUCGACAUCUCCGACGAUGUCGCCGGGGCAACCUUCAUGGCUGCAGGAGGCUCCGCCCCCGAACUGUUCACCUCUCUGAUUGGCGUGUUCAUUUCCCAUAGCAACGUGGGCAUCGGGACGAUCGUAGGGUCGGCGGUGUUUAACAUCCUGUUUGUCAUCGGGAUGUGUGCCAUCUUCUCCAGGGAGAUGCUCCACCUCACCUGGUGGCCCUUGUUCAGAGACGUCUCCUUCUAUAUCAUAGACCUGAUCAUGCUGAUCGUUUUCUUCCUGGACAACACUAUCAUGUGGUGGGAGAGCGUGAUGCUGGUGUCGGGUUACGUGGCCUAUGUCUGCUUCAUGAAGUUCAACGUGCAGAUCGAACACUUUGUCAAGACGCAGAUCAACAAACACAAGAGCAUCGUCAAGAUCAUCAUGCCGGAGGAGGAGGAGGAG